AUGCAGCGGUGCCAGCAGCUCGGGAUCCGGUGUGUAUCAUGGGAGAGCCGACGACCCCCGGAUGAAGCUGCCAUUGUGUUGGUGACGCCCGAAUCCAGCGAGGACCCGGAUUUCCACACGUUUUUGAACCGGCAGCGGUGGAUGCGGCGGUUGGACCGGAUCGUGGUGGACGAGUGCCAUAUUAUAUUGAAUUCGCAGAAGGAUUUCCGGCCGGCCAUGGCCCGAUUAGGGCGGUUGGUCAGUGCGCGCACGCAGAUGGUAUUUUUAACGGCCACACUGCCCCCCAGUAUGGAACGAAUAUUUGUCCAGCGGAUCCAGCAUCCCGCCAGCGCGGUGGGUAUGUACCGGGCCCGGACCAGCCGGGGGAACGUGGCAUACCGGGUAUGGCGGCCCAUUUUACCGCGCCAGACCCCGCGGGAACCCCAUCAGUGGUUGGUGACGCCCGGGGUGGUGCAGUACAUCCAGGGUCGGAUCCAGCAAGCGCGGGGAGGCCGGGUGAUCGUGUACGGGCAGACCAAGAGCCAGGUGCAGGCCAUCAGCCGGGAAUUCGGGUGUGAGGCAUACCACAGUGAGGCAGUGGACCGGGCUGGGGUGAUGCAGCGGUUCCAGGACGGGCUGCACCGGGUGAUUGCGGCCACCAGUGCGUUAGGGAUGGGUAUUGAUAUUCCCGAUAUCCGGUGCGUGAUCCAUAUUGGGCGGCCGCGGACGUUGCUGGAGUACGGGCAGGAAAGUGGACAGGCUGGACGGGAUGGCCAGGGCAGCGAGGCCGUGAUUAUCCAUCCCAAUGGGUGGGAGACGCCCGAUCCAUGGAUCCAUGGCGUGGCGGACGCGGAUUUCCAGCUGGUGCAGGCGUACAUGGGCCAUGGAUGUCGACGAUAUAUAUUGGAUGGGUACCUGGAUGGGACGGUGGAUGGAUACACGCGGGAGCGGUGCCGGGAUCAGGGUCCGGAUGAAUUGGCAUGUGACGGGUGUGAUCCCGAUUGGGAGGUGCAGGAGGAGCCCGUUAGUAUGGCCAGCAGUCCGCCAGGGUCAGGGUCAGGGUCAGGGUUCAGCCGUUUCGGGAGGGCACCAGAGUCAGGGUUCGAAGGUUCCGGGCAGGGAGAUCCAGAGUUAGGGUUACCCAAUGAUGCGGUUCGCAGUUCUGGAGCCCAGAUUCAUACUGGAUUAGGGUUUAUCCUGCAUUAUGCAUCAUCCAGUUCCGAUACAGGGGAGAACCCGGAUCACCCGCGGGCCAUGUCCAUUAACAGCGGCGAGUCCAUUACAUCCCAGGUGCCCCGAGCCCGGGUUAUUCCCGCCAGCGCCGGGUAUACCCCCCAAGAGCGGCAGUAUGAGCAGGCGGCCGUCCAACAGCAGGCGCAGGCCAUGCAGGCUGGGAUUGAUGAGGAAUUCAUUGAGCAGGAGGCCCGGCAAUGGCUGGACCAGUGUUAUAUUUGCACGGUUCGGGGGCGGGAUGGGGACCAUCAAUUAGAGCAAUGCACGCAUGCAGAGAGCCAUGCAGCGCAGGAAUGGUUGGGGCAGGUGCAGCGGCGGGUGGAUUAUGUGCCGUUUCGGUGUUGUUAUCAAUGCGGGAUGCCGCAGGCGAUAUGCCAUGGGUGGCAGCAUGGGGAGGCAUGUACAUGGCGCGGGGCGUUGCUCCCGAUGAUUGCCGGGAUGGUGUACGGGCCAUUCCGCCGUAUGGUCCAGCCCGCAUGGGAGCAGUGGUUACAGCCGCGGCAGUUGGAGGGCCGGGUGAUAUACGCCGGGAAGAUAUUCCAGCAGGAGAUUGUGGCCGGGCCCGUUCCGGCCGGGGAUUAUCGAUCGGUGGCGGCAUUUUUUGGGCAGGGUACUGUUGAUAGACAGGGAGUUGAGGUCCAGGCAGUAUUUUGUUGGUUACGACGGGUAUGUCAUGAUAUCGAAGCCGGGUUAAUAUGA